AGAUGUAUAAAAAUGCUGGAGUUAAAUUGCAAGGUCUCAGACACUUCUCCUCAACCCUUGCACGUCAGGAGAAAGAAAUAUUUAAACGAGACAAUAAAAUUCAUAUCAAUGCAGGAACUAUUGGAUCUUCUCAGCACGGAAAAACAUCGCUCGUCUCAAUGCUGACAAAAGUAUUGAGUUCUAGUCACGGUGUGCUAGCUCGUGAAGUGUCUGAUAUAGAUAAUAGUGCAGGAGAGCAGAGUACAGGCAGCUCACAGCAUCCAACACAUCUAGAGCUAUGGACGGAUGAGUAUAGAUACAGUUUAACAGAUCUACCUGGCAGAAAUACAUAUUUCAGAAACAUGUUUUCAUAUUUCUCAAUGCUAGAUCUGAAUUUGCUGAUAAUUAACCCAGAGGAGGGAUUACUUCAGGAUGCGUUGGCUAUGUACAGGAUUUCUAAACAUUACAAGAUACACACAGUUCCUAUAAUUUCAGCUAGACCUGAAACUGAAGCAGAAACCAUCGACUUGGUUAGAAUGGAGUUAGAUGAGUCUGGAGUAACUGAACCUUGUCUGGUUGUGGAGAACCCUAUAUCCGGAGCAAAUCCGUCUCAACCCAUCCUGCAGCUUCUCACAGAGAUAGAGAAAACUCUAAUCAGACCUAAGAGAGAAGAAUCUAAACCUCUCUACUUCCCCCUGGAACAAGUAGGAUCUAUACCCAGCAGAGGAACGUUUUGUGCUGGACGUAUUGAAUCUGGAAAAAUAAAGAUUGGGUCUCAGUUGGACGUUUUCUAUCACGGACAGAAGAGCCGGGGUAAUGUUAAAGAUGCGGAAAUAUUCCGUAAAAAAACAGAUUCUCUGUCAGCUGGGGAUAGAGGAGGAGUAUUCAUCAAACUUAAACCUGAUAUAGAUCUAAAGCGUGGAGGUGUACUGUAUGAACCCGGAAGUGAAUUAACUGCAUCAAAUAGUUGGAAAGUUCAAUUGAAAAGUUUACAAGGCUGCGGCAAUAUAAAUACCAAGGGCGAGUAUGUUCUUUUCCAUUCCACAUUCUCUGAUGGGAGAUCAACUCUUGAACCUUGCCAGCUCCAGGAAGAGGAGUUUACUCAAACCAUUCUCUCCGGAUCCGUCCAGUUUCUCGGUAGACCUGGAGAUACGAUCCUGCUCAAGUCCGGACACGGAUAUAUUCUCGGCAAUCUCAUUUAUCCUGCAUAGUUCUUAUGUUAAACGAAGCUUAGUUAUUAUUAUUCAGUAUCCAAUAUCCAUCCUUUACUACCAGUACCCCCCUCCCCCUCCCACCCUGUCUUUAAAGAUUUAUUGUUGCGAGUCAGGGGUCCAUAAAUUCCAUUUCCGAUCCCAAAUGGGAUCGGGAUUGAAAGUACAUUUAGGUGAAUGAAAAUACACUUUCUGUGUCAUUGUGAACUUUGGCAAGUUGUUUUUGUUCUACACUUCAGAAAUGUGUACUGCAUCAAUAUGUCAGAUAUCAAAAUAAUAGAUAAGUAAUGAUAUGAACAAAUAAAUACUCCCUUACCGUAUGCGUUCUGCGUUAUGGAUUUUUUCUACAACAUGACUUUCAAUUGUUUACAAUAACAACAUGGUUAGUUUCUGCCCCUAACAUCCAAAUACCAAAUGUCUCCCUACUUUCAUACCUCCGUACAUAAUUAUAUAUUGAUGUCAUUGUGUACAUUGUAAAAAUUCUAAUUUUAAUGAUUUGAUAUUUCAAAAAUAUCUGCAAUUUCAACUCAAUAGCAUGUAUAUUGCAAUAAAAAUUUAUUGAAAUCAAAA